CGAGCUGCGCAGGCGUUGCUCGCACCUUGUUGAUUAGUCAGUGCCGGGUGCGCUGCUAUGGCGCUUCUCAGCCCCGCGGCUCCUCCUCACGCGCGCGCGGCCGAGGGCAGGAGGGCGGAGAGGAGGAGGCGGCGAGCGGGCGGCCGCCGCAGCUGCACAGCCCGAGCCGCCGCAGCCGGCAGCCGCGGCCGGGCGUGAGGGCGCGCGGGGCGCCCCGGCGAUGCCCCGCAGCCGCCGCUGAGCCGGGCGCGGGCACUCCCCCCCUCCGACCCCGGCGCCCCCUCCUCCCCAGCCCGGCCGCCCCCCGCGCGCCCCAGACCGCGAGCGCCAGCAGCCCAGGCGCGGGUGGUGCCGGCGGCGGCGGCGGCGGCGGCGGCGGGAGCGCAAGGGGCAGAAGGAGGCGGGGAAGAUGGACCCGGCGCCCGCGCUGGGCUGCAGCCUCAAGGAUGUGAAGUGGAGCCCCGUGGCCGUUCCGCUCGACCUGCUGGUCAGCACUUACCGGCUGCCCCAGAUCGCGCGGCUGGACAGCGGAGAAUGCAUAGAGGGGCUUCGAGAGAAUGACUACCUUCUGAUUCACUCCUGCCGGCAGUGGACCACUAUUACUGCCCACAGCUUGGAGGAGGGACACUAUGUCAUCGGGCCAAAGAUAGAGAUUCCGGUACAUUACGCAGGGCAAUUCAAGCUGCUGGAACAAGACCGAGAUAUAAAGGAGCCAGUGCAAUAUUUCAACAGUGUGGAGGAGGUGGCUAAAGCAUUUCCUGAACGCGUGUACGUCAUGGAGGAAAUAACAUUCAACGUGAAGGUCGCUUCGGGUGAGUGCAAUGAGGACACUGAGGUUUACAACAUCACCCUGUGCACGGGGGACGAGCUCACGCUGAUGGGGCAGGCAGAGAUCCUUUACGCAAAGACAUUCAAGGAAAAGUCCCGACUCAACACGAUCUUCAAGAAGAUCGGGAAGCUCAAUUCCAUCAGCAAGCUGGGGAAGGGCAAGAUGCCGUGCCUCAUCUGCAUGAAUCACCGCACCAAUGAGAGCAUCAGCCUUCCCUUCCAGUGCAAGGGCAGGUUCAGCACCCGCAGCCCCCUGGAACUGCAGAUGCAGGAGGGGGAGCACACCAUCCGCAACAUCGUGGAGAAGACCAGGCUGCCCGUGAACGUGACGGUCCCCAGCCCCCCACCCCGGAACCCGUACGACCUCCACUUCAUCCGGGAGGGCCACCGCUACAAAUUCGUCAACAUCCAGACCAAGACUGUGGUGGUGUGCUGCGUGCUGCGGAACAACAAGAUUCUCCCCAUGCACUUCCCCUUACACCUGACUGUGCCCAAGUUCAGCCUCCCCGAACACCUGGUGAAGGGGGAGGUGUGGGCCGAAAGCCUGGUCCAUCACUGGCUGGGCAUCUGCCAGGAGCAGUUCGACAUAGACGAGUACUCCAGGGCUGUGCGUGACGUGAAGACCGACUGGAACGAGGACUGCAAGAGCCCCAAAAAGGGCCGGUGCUCCGGCCACAACCACGUGCCCAGCUCCCUGAGCUACGCCCGGGAUGAGCUCACCCAGUCCUUUCAUCGGCUCUCUGUCUGUGUGUAUGGCAACAAUCUCCAUGGCAACAGCGAGGUAAACCUCCACGGCUGCCGGGACCUGGGCGGGGAAUGGACCCCCUUCCCUCACGACAUCCUGCCCUACCAGGACCCCGGGGACAGUGGCAGUGACUACCUGUUUCCAGAAACCAGUGAAGAGUCGGCGGGCGUCCCCGGGAAGUCAGAACUUCCUUAUGAGGAACUGUGGCUGGAGGAAGGCAAAGUCAGCCAUCAGCCCCUCACUCGCUCCCUGAGCGAGAAGAGCCGAUGCGACCAGUUCAGAGGCUCCGUCCGGGUCCAGUGUGCCACGUCUCCCCUGCCCGGCCCGGGAAGUCUGGGAGCAGCAGUGAAGUCUUCAGAGAUCGCCCUACCUCCACCUCCAGUGCCUCCCAAAUCUGAAGCCGUCAGGGAAGAAUGCCGCCUCCUGAACGCCCCGCCUGUUCCGCCCCGAAGCGCCAAGCCUCUGUCCACCAGCCCGUCCAUCCCUCCGCGCACCGCCAAGCCCGCGCGGCCGCAGACACGCUCGCCCAGCCCCACCCUGUCCUACUACUCUUCAGGGCUCCACGACAUCAGCGUUCCGAAGAGUGAGCCGAGCCCUGCGGAGAGCGCCCCGGUGUCCUGCUACCCGUGCCCGCGGGUGAAGGCGGAGGCCGGGGACCUCAAGUCCCCGCUGGGCAGCCCGGCCGCCGAGGCGCUGUCCUCGCGGCUGUCGUGGCCCAACCACUACCUGGGCGCGUCGGAGGCGCAGACCCGCAGCGACUUCCUGCAGGAGCCCAGCCGCAGCUACAGCUACCCGCGGCCCAAGGCGCCGGCCACGCCAAAGAGGAACUGCCCCGCGCCCUGCGAGCUGGACGGCCGCGCGCCCCCCGGCAGCCCCCCGAGCCCCGAGCCCGCAGGCGGCGGCCAGGGCUGCCCCAAGUCGGCCAGCUACUCCCUGGAGAGCACCGAGGACAAGGCGCUGGCCGCCGGCCCCGCCAAGCAGAGCGUCUCGUGCCCGGCGCUCCCGCCCAGGGCCCCGAAGCCCGCGGAAGAGAAAGCGGCCCCCGAAACCUCCCCGUUGCCUCUGCAAAUCGAUGGUGCUGAGGAAGACCCGCCGGCGGGCUCGCCGGACCUCUCGGAGGACCCGUACUUCGUGCCAAAGGGCGUGCAGGACCUCUUCCCCGGGCCCUACCCCUUCUCGUCGCCGCUGCACCUGCAGCUGGCCCCGCGCUCCUGCGGCGACGGCUCACCCUGGCAGCCCCCCGCCGACCUGGCCGGACUCUCCAUCGAAGAGGUGGCCAAGUGCUUACGGUUCAUCGGCCUGUCGGAAGACGUCAUCGCCUUCUUUGUGACCGAAAAGAUCGAUGGCAACUUGCUGGUGCAGCUCACGGAGGAGAUCCUCUCCGAGGAUUUCAAGUUGAGCAAACUGCAGGUGAAAAAGAUCAUGCAAUUCAUUCAUGGCUGGAGGCCCAAAAUAUAGCCAAGGAACCCCAGCUAGCAUCGGACAAAACUGACCCAUUUGUAUGCUAGAUGGGGUGGGCGGGGACGCAGUGUCAUGUUUUUGAGGGUUUUGUUUGUUUGUUUGUUUGUUUUGUUUUUUGGGUUUUUUUUUUUUUUUGCACUAAAAACCUUCUCUGUAAAUAGGGAUAAGAGAAACUCUUCCUAUGCAGAUUAUGCUUUUGAAUGGGGAACAGGCUAUUUUGUACAUCAAUAAAAAUGCUGUACAGAA